AUGUUCAAACGCGUCGCCUUCCAAUCGUAUACCUCUGUAACGGGUAACCUAGCCCGUAAUGCUGGAUGCCGUCGUCUGGCUUCGACGAAAACACUGGAGGAGACACUCCGAGAAGUCAUACCGCCGAAGCAGGAACAGCUGAAGAAACUGAAAGCAGAACAUGCGCAGACAGUGGUCGGCGACGUCAAGGUUGAGAACAUUAUCGGAGGCAUGAGAGGGAUCAAGGCAAUGCUCUGGGAAGCUUCUGUUCUUGACCCCGUUGAGGGUAUCCGCUUCCACGGUAUGAGUAUUCCAGAGUGUCGCGAGGUGCUGCCCCCUGCACCCGGCGGAAAGGAGAUGACUCCCGAGAGCAUGCUGUGGCUCUUGAUGACUGGCAAGGUCCCAACCCCUCAACAGAGCCAACAGCUUUCAGCAGAACUCGCUGAAAAGGGAGAACUCCCGAGUUUCGUUGAAAAACUCGUAGACUCUUUCCCAAAGACCCUGCAUCCCAUGACCCAGCUAAGUAUGGGUGUAGCAGCAUUGAAUCACGACAGCGCGUUCCAGGCAGCUUACGAACGUGGGAUCAAGAAGACCGAAUACUGGGCCCCCACGCUGGAAGACUGUAUUAAUCUUGUCGCGAAGCUCCCAUCUUUGGCAGCGCGCAUAUACCGUAACGUGUAUUAUCCUGACCGGCCACUUGCACCCAUUGAUAAGAAUUUGGACCUUACCGGCAAUUACUCCAACAUGCUUGGUUUCGGUAACAAUGAGAACAUGACCGAGUAUCUGCGUUUGUACAUUGCCCUACACGGCGAUCAUGAGGGUGGUAAUGCCUCUGCCCAUACAUCUCACCUGGUGGGCUCUACACUUGCCGAUCCCUACCUUGCGUACUCCGCUGCUCUCAAUGCCCUUGCCGGUCCACUGCAUGGCCUCGCCAAUCAGGAAGUGUUGAGAUGGCAGAUUGCCAUGCAAAAAGAGAUCGGUGACACUAUUACUCACGACAACAUCAAGGAAUACCUCUGGGGGACCCUCAAGAGCGGUAGAGUUGUUCCAGGGUACGGUCAUGGCGUCCUGAGGAACCCUGACCCUCGCUUCGUCGCCCUUCAAGAUUUCUGCAAGACCAGGCCAGAUCUUCAAGCAAGCCCUACUAUCCAGCUUGUGCAGCAGACCGCCGAGGUUGCUCCAGAAGUGCUGAAGGAGCACGGCAAGAACCCCUACCCGAAUGUCGACGCCGCAUCAGGUUGUGUGCUGUACCACUACGGCCUAACAGAGUUCAAGUACUAUACCGUCAUCUUUGGCGUUUCAAGAGCUCUGGGUGCCGUGACCCAACUUGUGUGGGCGAGAGCUCUUGGAUUGCCUAUCGAACGGCCGAAGUCGUACUCUAUGGACGCGCUGGAGAAAUUGAUCAAGAACUGA